CAACACACGCCCCAUGAGCACUUCGCAGACGUCAUCCAUGUCGGGUGUGCAACCGCACUUUCUCUCGCGCGGCCACACAUAUCGCGCCGUGGUGGGCGACACCCUGGUGCUGCCGUGCCAAGUCGAGAAUUUGGGAAAUUUCGUUUUGUUGUGGCGACGCGGCAUCAACGUGCUCACUGCCUCCAAUAUAAUGGUGACAAGGGAUGAGCGCAUAAGACUGAUAGACGGUUAUAAUUUAGAGAUAUCAGAUUUAGAGCCACAAGAUGCUGGGGAUUAUGUAUGUCAAAUCAGUGACAAAAUAAAUCGUGAUCAAGUGCACACUGUGGAAAUAUUGGUUCCACCGAGCGUACGCGCUAUACCCACCUCCGGCCAAUUGCAAGCACGCAAGGGUGGCCCAAUCACUUUGGAGUGCAAAGGCUCUGGAAAUCCCGUACCAUCAAUUUAUUGGACAAAGAAGAGUGGCGCUGGCAAAUCAUCAGCUCGCAUUGGCGACGGUCCAAUUCUGACACUGGAGAAACUCGAGCGUCAACAGGCUGGAGUAUAUCAAUGCACCGCAGACAAUGGAGUCGGUGAACCGGUUACAGUCGAUAUGCGCUUGGAUGUUUUAUAUCCACCGGACAUACAAGUGGAGAAGUCAUGGAUACAUUCCGGUGAGGGCUUCGAAGCAAAGCUGGUGUGCAUAGUUUACGCUGAUCCGGUGGCCACGGUGUCCUGGUACCAAAACUCAUUUCCGAUACAAACGACCGAUAGGCGAAUUAUGUCAACAAGAGGCAACCGACAUACGCUCACCAUACGACACAUACAGCAGGAGGACUUCGGCAACUACAGCUGUGUAGCCGAUAACUCACUCGGACGCUCGCGCAAGUACAUGGAGCUGUCUGGGCGCCCGGGCCCAGCUGAAUUCUACUCACCGAAAUGGGGUCGCUCAUCGGACAGCUACAAUCUGACAUGGAAAAUAGAUAGCUAUCCGCCGCUGCAGGAGGUGCGUCUGCUCUAUCGGCGUGUAUUGAUGAAUGACACAUUCCAACAGCCAGGAAGAUGGCAUGACUUCAUACUGACACCUGAACAUCGUCCCGCAUCGGAGCCACUUACACACAUCAUGUCUUAUACCAUAAAGAAUCUACAUCCGGGCGCUUACUACGAAGCGAUAGUGCAGGCGAAAAAUAGCUACGGUUGGAAUGAGGUCAGCGAUAUCUUUCAAUUUAUCGUCGCCAGCAAUACCAUGGACAUACCGCCGGAGGACGCUGAAGUGGUGGCCAGCUCCAAGUCGCGCAGCAAUGCCGCCGCCACUGGCAGCACGCAAUUGCCAACGCUCGCGCAUAGCCGAACCAUGGCAUGGUGUGCGCUCUUCGCCAUUGCGGCGAGUUGUCUGCUGCAGCGCAGGCAUCAGCGACAAAUUUGCCUCAACGUGGGAUAAGCGAGCGAAACGAACACGCGCGCGUCUUAAUGAGAAUGUGUGCAGCUUCGUGGGCGGCAAAUUAAUUUAACGUAAGAAAUGUAAUUCGAUGCUUUUGUUGAUUAUUUAUUUUCAAUUUAAGUGAUAAGCAAAGGGUCAAGUAAAAAAAAAACAACAAAAAGUUGAAGCAGAAAGAUACCAAAAACGUGGAAAAUGUAGAUUAAGAUAAAGUAAGGAAACAAAUUUAUUGCGAUAAGCAGAAAAACCGCAAAUGAUUGAAAGUAUCAGCAGAAAAAAAUAUUAAAUUUAAAACCGCAAUUAUGUUAUCGUUGCGAGUCAAGAGCCCUUUAAUUAAUUUGUUCAAUGAUUAUUUUUGCGAGAGGUGUGGCAACCAACAGCAGGAGCUAAAGUGAAAUUUAUGUCAAAGGGUUCAUUAACAAGCAACUACUAUCGGCCUACGGUUUUCAUUAUUGAAUUAACAAAAUAUAUUUAAAUACAUGUAUAAAAUACUUUCAGUGAAAAUGAUAUUGAUGAGGCAUUUCAGACUACAGAUUUUUUGCGUCAAUCACCAACUAAUGCAACAGUGUAGAGAAUUUGCUAAUUGACUUAAUUGGGCAUGCUGCCUGUAAUGGGUAGAGAUCAAGAGCAAACUUUUUAUAUUUGAAAUCAACAAUAUUUGUGUCUACCUUUAUAGAUUUAUAUUCCUAUAGAAGUUGGAAUACCAUAUACAUAUGACUUUAUAUUCUAUUUGUCGCAGAAGAUGACAGUAGAAGAUAAGAUUUGGUGUUGAAAAAUAUAUUUUCGUUCUCUUAAGGAGUCAGUCAAACUAAUUUUUAGAUAGCUCCGCCCAAAGCAUAAACAACACAGACAAAAUAGUUUCAAUGCAAUGGCGAGUUUAUUAUCAUCAAAGAAAGCCUUGAGAUACAAUUAAGAGUUUUUUAAACAAUCCCGAUGCGAGCAAUGUGGGAAGGGCACCCUCUGCGGUAGCGGCUUUACAGCUGGAAGCGUUUCCACUAUGACCGGGUAUCGAAACCAGUCUGAUGAUUAAAGCGUUAGAUGCUACUUCUAGUGAGGAAAAACAUUCCUUGACUGGCUUUGAGCGCACAACGCUAGUAUUGCCGUUCUACUGUCAGAGCGAAUGCUAACCUCCCUGAAUGUAGCUGCACUUCGAUCCACUAUGUCUACCGCCACUUUAAUAGUAGUCACUUCUACCUGAAAAGUACUACAGACGUCCAGUUGCCUAAAGCUAAGAUUGUUAGAAAACUCGCUGCCGGUAUUGUCUAAGAGGGUCCAUAUGUAAAAUGAUCAAUUAUUUCUGUUGUCUGCAGGUCACUAGAGAAGCCGGACCAUAGCAGCGUUUUGAACAAGUUCAAGCUUCUUCACCAUAAAACAUCAUUUACUUGACUACGCUUUCGUAGAGCCAAACACGACCAUUGGUGGGAGUUCCCACCCUUGCUCUUUGGCUCCUCUACAGCAGAAUAAGCAAUCGUUGCCUUCUUUACGCUCUCCUUAAAAAUUGGUCUCUUUUUAUCAAGAAUAAGUCCCACAACUUAUCAAUAGUUUGAAGACGUGACCUUCCAAAAAAGGGGAGAGCUAUUUCCCUUAGUAAUUUCAGAUUUACUUGGGCUGACAGCUAAGCCGCUUCUAUUUGCCCAGUUGAGUAUCACACUGAGAUACCCUUCCGUUCGCUCUCGGAUGGCAUUGACAUAUUUCACUUUAACCAUAAGAACAUUCACCAAGAUCCAAAGCAUUAGGGAAAGUACCCUGCCCAUUGCGAUGCCCCAGUUAACCUUCGGGUAUGUCUUUCCACUAUCCCACUUCACUACAACCGUUCUGUCGCAAUUAAGACUUGAGACUGCUAUAGAUUUGCUUGCGAUUUUAACCACAGCCGCUGGCCGCAUAUUGUUGAAAAUCCCCUUGAUUUCGAGAAAGGUGACUACUACAGAAAAUUUUUUGUGGAUAAGCGCUCUCUCUAACAAUGACAACGGGCAAAGCAGUGUUGACUGACGGUCUGUUGAUAUAUUCAUGUUGGGCACUAAACAGUUUACCUCUUGGUAUUUUUCAAGAGGACUUACGAAAUCUGGAUAACUGUCUUCAGAUGUGUCGUCUUGGAUUCUUAAGUUUUUACGCUCCGUAAUUUGUAACGACCUUCGUGAUUUUGCUCGAAAUUAUCUAUAUUCUAGUUACAGACCUACUUCUAGCCAAAGUUCAAGGCUUAUGCAUUGGAGCAACUAUUUGGGGAGAAUAAAAUCUGAAAUUUUUUCCAUUCAGGCAAUUACCAAAUUGUCUACACUAAAAGACAUAACAGAAAAAUGCUAAUUGACUCAAUUAAGCAGCGGUCUGAAAGGCCUGGAAGUAUGCAACGUAAAUUGUAAAUACAGAGUGUUGAUUUAAGUAAUAAAAAAGAUUAGAUAGUAGAAACUUGUAUGUAAAUAAAAUAAAUUUUAAAAUAAAACAUAUUCCAUAGAGUUAAGGUCACUGAGAUUAUUCAAAUAGAAUUGGGAAUUUCAAUUUCCGCACACAUGCACACGACUUUUUACGAUUAAAAGAACACCACUUACAUAUACAUAUAUAGAAAUAGAAAUAUUAGUGAAAUGAAACCGAAAUACUCGACGCACACGCAACCAAAGACACACAUAAAUGAUGGCGUGUGCCUGUGUGUGCAUGGAGUUAGAUAAAAAGCGUACCACCAGCAAACAGAGUUUUAAUGAUAAAAGUAGCAAAAGGAGCAUUUUCCGCUUGUAGACGCAAAUUUAAUGAACUUUGAAAUAGUUUUUACUCAACACAUUCGUAAUUUAUUUGAAUAAACACUGUAAAUAGCAUUUUAAGUCAGCGUAAAUAAAAGCAAAAAAAAAUAGUUUUAUAAUAAAAACCAAAAAAAUAUUAAAUGGAAAUAAUAAAUAUUAUAUUUAUUUAUGUAUGUAGUAACGGCGAUGGCGGCACAUUUGGAGCCAUUCAACGCUCAUAAUUAUUAAUGUAUUAUUGUAUAUUGCGGCUAGUUUGUAAGUAAUUAACACACGCGCAUACAUAUAUGUAUGCAAAAGAAACGGUAAAUAUGUAAUUAUAAGCAAACACAAGCAACUUUACAACAACAGAAAGCAAAAACAGAAAAUCAGAAAAGCGCAAAAAGCAGCGCUUUUAUGUGAGUUUUGACACAUACUUAUUGACCAAAAAAAAAAAAA